CCGCACGUAACCUUCUUUCCUUCUUCGUCUCUCUCUACUUUCUGCUCAAAUUGCAGUACUCCCCUCGCCACUCUCCCUUCAAUAAUUUUCCACGCUCUUCUCCACACUUCCCUCUUUAAUUUCUCCCCCUUCUCCAUGUUAACUCCCUUUCUUUUCCCCUCCCUUUUUCUUUCUCUCCAUUUCCUCCCUCCCUUUUCCCAGAAUGCCCCACUCUUUCCUUUCUAAUUCCCCCACCACUCCUUCCCCUACCUCCUCCCCCUCCCAAAACGACACCGUUCCCUCCACCUCCUCCGCGACCUCCGAUAUGUGGAACUGCCUUUGGAUCCCGAUCCUCAUCUCUCUUUCUAAAGAACUUUCUUCUGCUAAAGCUGAGUCAACCAUUAUUCUACCGAGUCAGCAACACCCAACUGACGACUCUGUGACUACUUUGACUGUUCCCGUCCCUCGCUGUCCCCGGCCUGACCCCAAGCUAAAUUAUCGGCCGGUCAUCGGGAUUCUAAGUCAUCCUGGUGACGGCGCUUCCGGUAGGUUGAAUAAUGCAACGAACGCGUCGUAUAUUGCGGCCUCGUAUGUGAAGUUCGUUGAAUCGGCUGGCGCUCGUGUUAUUCCUCUAAUUUAUAACGAACCUGAAGAAAUUUUAUUUGAGAAGCUGAAGUUGGUGAAUGGCGUGUUGUAUACUGGAGGUUGGGCCAAAACCGGUUAUUACUACGAGAUUGUUGAAAGAAUUUUCAAGAAAAUUUUAGAGAAGAAUGAUGCGGGAGAUCCUUUUCCAUUAUAUGCCAUUUGCUUAGGCUUUGAACUUUUAACAAUGAUCAUUAGCAAGAACACAAACAUUCUUGAAUCAUUCAAUGCAGCAGAUCAGGCAUCGACUCUCCAGUUCAUGAGAAACACUAAUAUUGAUGGAACUGUGUUUCAAAGAUUUCCACCAGAUUUGCUUAAAAAGUUGAGCACAGAUUGUCUUGUCAUGCAAAACCACCAUUAUGGCAUUUCACCUGAGAGAAUGCAAGAGAACUUGGAUCUAUCUGGGUUUUUUAAAACUUUGACAACAAGUGCGGAUGGAGAUGAUAAGGUCUAUGUCUCUACAGUACAAGCUUAUAACUAUCCUGUGACUGCUUUCCAAUGGCAUCCAGAGAAAAAUGCUUUUGAGUGGGGGUUAUCGGGAAUUCCCCACUCGGAGGAUGCCAUUCAGGUGACUCAACAUGUUGCAAACUUUUUUAUCAGUGAGGCUAGGAAGUCGAUGAACAGACCGCCUGCUCGAAAAGUGCUUGACAACCUUAUCUACAAUUACAGUCCCACCUACUGUGGAAAGGCUGGGAAGGGAUAUGAUGAAGUUUACAUUUUCCCAUGAUUUCAAUCCUGAAUUUUCUGUAAAGGUUACAAUUGUAACAGACUUGAAAAAUGUAAUAUUGUUGUAGACUGUAAGGGACUGUUUUAAAGACCAUUUGUCUGUUCCUUCCGGGAUUGGUUUCAAAUAUGUUGCUACUUAGUUUUAUUCCACCACAUCAAGUAGAACAUACUACCUAUUAUCAACAUCAAUUAUACAGGAAAAUUUCGUAAA